GCCAGUGAAGGGCCCUUGCACCUUUAUGUGAAGUGUUUAAUAACCGAUAACAGCGCCACAUGCGUUCAGCGCUAACGCUCAACACUCAGUUCUUAGAUUCGUUGUAUCCUGCACCAUGAUACGACGUCACAAGAAUACGCCAAAACAACAAGCCGGAACAGAGCUUACAGGAGAAGCUCAGAAGACAGGCGGCCCUCUGAGUCCGCGUGCGGCACCUAUUACGGCGCAAUACCAACAUUUCAUUCCACGGUUCAUAUUGCGAAGAUUCCAAGUCGGACCAGUAAAGUCAAAAACAGAACGACAAAAAGAAUUUCGACGCACUGGUGUUGAUCCUGAAUACGUCCACUACUAUGAUAUUGCUACGGGUAGCCUUGACAUUCGUCCUAUUGGAAAGGUGUACGGCGUACCGAAUAUUUACCAGGAUGUCCGCAACACCUAUGAUAUCAACAAAGUAGAGGAGAAAUUAGCGGACCUCGAGCGUGAUGCGGCCUCCAUUAUCACAGACUUGCAUAAGGCGCUCCCUCAGGGUACUUUCACUCUGAAGCGAAGGUCGCUAGAGUUCCUGAGGAAAUUCCUGUUUAUCAUGCAUUAUCGCAAUGCAUCAUAUUCCGGCACUUACUUUCAAGCGGAUCACCCGGAUAACGCAAGCAGCCGUCAGUGGAUUGAGUCCUUCAUGAAGGCGAAGAGUAUUCAUUCCGCUGUCGGGGUAUGGCUACACUUCCUCGAAUAUUACCUGGAUUCAUCUCAUUCAGACAUCAUGCAAGAUGCUGCAAAAGUCGUAGAGAAGUACGGUGAAGAAAGACUUCAAAACAUGUUAACUGAAUCGCAUAUCCCACCUGAUCUCGAACACUUCCCAGCUUACACUUACCACACUCACGCGAACAACUACUUCUUCAGUAUCUGGGAAGCCGCGGAAGGAGAAGAAUUCAUCCUAACACAAGAGGCAUUUGGCUUGUGGGAAGGCUUGGCAGAUGGCCAACCCGACUUGCACCGCAUAUUCAUAGUCAGCCCUCGCAUUGCUCUCAUCCUAUGUAAUACUGUAUUACGUCCAGAGAUGACAGCAAUAGCAUUCUUAAUGGGGGUUUCGCUCAGGAGCUCCUUGCUCAACGUAGAUCCAGCACCACCAACUCCCAUUUACGCCAGUGGACCCAUCGCCCGUGCAGAUCGGAAAUCUGCGACAUCACUUGCACGUUACAGAUCCUCCCAGACAGCGGCGAACGACAGUUUUGUGUUCAAGAUCGCAAAACUAUCGCGACGCCAGACAUCGGAACUCAAUUCCGUUCUAUUAGUCAACGUGAAGCCAACGGGCUCUUUGACCUUCCUGUCAAGGGGGAGUAUGCUUCGCACUGCGCGUGCAUUCCGGAGUUUUCCAGCCAAUUUCAUUGCGGGAAAGCUGCUUAUUCCGCUCAUUGCACAAUUGACGGAUACCAUGGAGACAGAAGUGUCGCCUCUUCGCCAGUCACCAGUGGCUGUUUUCGACCAGGACAUUGACGCACCUACACUUGUUACACCUACACCUGUUGCACCUACACUUGUUGAUCAGUCGCCAGCGGCUGUCCUCAACCAGGACGUUGACGCACCUACACUUGUUGGUAUAGUGCUCUAUGGGUUGUUCUCUGGAUUAGCAUCUCUCGUGUAUUUUGCUAUCCAUGGCAUCUUCAUCGCCUUAGUGCUAUAUCUUGGUAUUGCGAAGUUGGUAUCACUAGUCACGUAACGGACAAUACAUAUUCUACGUCUUGUCAUCGCACCUCCCUCAGUGUUGUUCCACAAUAUCGCUGAGGUCUGUUAUCUUAUGGCCGCACGUGUUAGAGUCAAUUCCCCUCUACCACUCAUACAUAACGCGUUUAGAUGACACUCACGUUCUAGCAUCGAGCGACCUCGAACUUCGAAGCACUGCGAUUGAGUAGGACCGGGCAUAGUACGAGACAAUUGUGAACGAUACUUCGAAUUUUGUCCGCUCCGGCCCUUGGAGAAUUUGAAAAUGUUUAUAUUUGGGU